UCAUGGCGGAAGUGCAGUCAAGGGACUUCAUGCAGCAAGCUACACACAUAUCAAAUGACUGAAUAAAAGAAGAAAAUAGAAAAGGAAAAAGGCGUCUGUCGUUAGUUAUAGUUUAUGGAGUUUUGCCUUGCCCAAAUAUGGCAAACAUCAACUUUAGUUUCUGCAUUACAAGGGAUGGAAUAAAGCUGCUGUAUGUGGCUUCAAAUGUCCAGCUCAGAUGUUUGCCGAGAGAGACAUAGUUUGAUUUUUUUUUUUUUUUUUUUUUGGCUCAUUGUGUGUACAGAAAUGUGAAAAUAGUUUCUGGUAAUAUUGUUGUUUAAUCUUUUAUUUCUUGAAAAACGUGGCGUUUUAAUUGAGAGCAGUAAUUCAAGUAUUGUAGAGUAGUAAAUGCGCUUGUUUACGAGGCUGUUCAAGAUUAUUUGACAGAGCAUUUCUAGAAUUCGUUAAUAAAACGCGGUUGUCAAACGUUGCACAUUAGAUUGAGCUCUGAAACGUUUUAUAGAGCAGUUUUAUAUAAAGCACCAGUGGGCGCUGCACGGUGACAUUGUCGUUACCGGUCAAAGUGGAUGGUUUAAAAGUACUGACGUGUCCUUUGGCGUGCGUUCACUACCGAAACUGGAGGGACACGUCUGUCGCCGCGCCUCCCAGCAUCUGUAACCGGGAGUCGGCCGUCAACGCCUCGCAUUUGCAUUACAAACAUGUCGAGAAACGGCAGAAGGUUCAAAUCUUUGCACACGAAUAACGGGCGCGCGCUGCCCGAUUGUGAUCCGGUGAGAGCUGCGCGUGUGCGCGUGUUGCUGCUGUGCCUUUGCGGUGUGAUGUCGCUGGCCAUGAUUCUGGGACUGUACCUGUCUGCAGAGCCCAGCAGCUCCCAUCAGCAUCAUGUUGCACAUCUCAUCAGGGACAGGCUUUCCCAUAAGCCAAGUAAGUACUCUGUGGUGCAAGUGAAGAAGUUUGCUGCUCAGGUAGAUGGACAUCGGCUUUGGGAGACUCACCUGCGGCCCCUGCUGAUUGAACGAGUGCCUGGGACAGUAGGCAGUCAGAAGAUACGGCAGCAUAUCUUGUCCCAGCUGGGUUCACUUUCAGCUGGAUGGACAGUGGAGGAGGAUUCCUUUGUUGCACCCACUCCGAAGGGUGGUGUCACCUUUACCAAUGUGCUGGCAGUGCUGGACCCCUCAGCUCCUCGUAGGCUGCUCCUAGCAUGCCACCAUGACUCUAAAAUCUUACCCCCAGAUCCUAAAAAGCCAGAGCGGGUGUUUGUGGGUGCCAGUGAUUCAGCCGUACCCUGUGCUAUGAUCUUGGAGCUGGCCGCUGCUCUGGAUACACAACUUAAAGCCCUCAAAAAGCAGAGGUCUGUGGUGACAUUGCAGUUGGUGUUUUUUGAUGGAGAGGAGGCGCUUGAGGAAUGGACAGACACAGACUCUCUCUACGGUUCUCGUCACCUGGCUGAACUCAUGGCCCGCACCCCCCACCCUCCUGAAUCCACCACAGUCACUCUUCUCCAAGCAGUGGAUCUGUUUGUCCUAUUGGACUUACUCGGUGGCCCAGAGCCAUUGAUUGUCAAUCACUUUGAUAACACAGCUAGAUGGUUUGACCGACUGAUUGCUGCAGAGAAGAGACUCCACAAACAGGGCUUGUUGACAUCCCACCUAACAGAACAAAGUUACUUCAGGAAAGACUUUUAUCUUGGUCCAGUGCAGGAUGACCAUAUUCCAUUUUUAAAUAGGGGUGUGCCUGUGCUUCAUUUGAUCCCCACUCCAUUUCCUCAGUUCUGGCACACACUGGACGACACAGAAGAGAGGAUGCACAGGCCCACAGUGGAAAACCUUACUAGAAUCCUGGCCAUCUUUGUAGCAGAGUACCUGAACCUCUAAGCGCGCUAUAUGAUGAUUCUACAGCAGACAUUUACUCGCAUGGCCACAAUUCAUGUGUUCAGAAUGUAGUAAAUGUGUCUGUGAUGUAGGAGUUGAGAAUAAUAAUUGAGCCAUAGCUCAGAAUGUCCAAAGACACACAACAUAACAGUGUGUGUUGAUUUGGAGUGUGAAUGGUACUGUACAUUCUAAAGAUAUAUCUUUAUAUUGAUUUUUUUUUUUUUCUCUGCUGAAAAGAGCCAGAAAUAGGGUAAACACUCAUGUUACAGUAACUGUGAAUAAACCCUAAUGAUGAUGGAAUCAUUAAAGAGGAUUUGUUUCAGACAGUAAUGCAAAAGACUGUUGACAAACUUUAUAUGAUAGCUUUGUGGCAAGCAAGAAAAAGAAUAAUUAUUUUUUGCUCAUCUUCCAUACACGAUAUGUACUGAAUUAAAGUAACCUGAUACAGCAUUCAAAGAAUGAUAUUCAUUAUGUUUUGGAACACUAAGUGUGCUCGGGAAAGCAGUGGUGAACUAUAAAACAAAGUUGGUACACACAGAAAUUGAUUACACAAAUAACUUGUUUUAAGUGUGAAAUAUACAAAGUCCAAAUCUGUCAGUAGCAUUUCAGGUGACUUAAGAGGGAGAGAUUGCUAAAAUUUUUACAUUCCAAAGUCAUUUAGCUGUUACCAUUAUGAACUGAAAGACCAGGUGAAGGGUCUGGAAUUUACAUAAUAAACUUGAAACACUG